AUGGAAACCCUUUACACUGGACACAUCCACGGAUUCCCGCCAAUGGCCAACAUUUCAUAUGGUUCAUUCAGCACGGCUUGGGGAUCGCAAGGAGGAUUAAUUGCAUUAGGUGUCGUACUUGGCAGCUCCGUUAGUUUAGUUGGCUUAGCGUUUGCAUUUAUAACAUACAGCUUAUUUUCUGAUUUGAAAUCUCUAGCAGGAACAGCUCUGUUAAGUCUGUUAGCCUCAUUGUUCAUGAGCCAACUACUUUUCGUUAUUGGCGUUGGAGGUGUUCAGGAUUCGGAACUGUGUUUAUCUCUAUCAUUGGCUUUACUGUUCAUGAAACUGGCCUCUCUUUGCUGGAUAUGCUGCUGUUGCCAUCAUGCACUGGUAUUGUUUCGCUCAAACACAAAUAUCAACUCCAAUCCAGAAUCAAGUAUGGGAAAAGCAUUAGCAAACUAUAGCCUCGUUUCUUGGGGGUUUCCUCUACUAAUGCUUGGAGUUGCGGCUGCGUUUAAAUAUCAAGAACGAGAAGUUAAAAUAAGCGGCGCACAAGUUAUUGCACAAAUCGUUCACGAACUAAAUGGUGAAAACCAUUGCUGGUUAAUGGAAGGAUCCGCUUACGUAUGGGGAUUUUUGAUGCCAGCGGUUAUGUUACUUUUUUCUGGAUUCUACCUUGCCUGCCAAGGUGGUGGAGCAAUUAAAAUUGCUGCCGCGCUACAAAUUGAUUCGCGUUCAAAAAAUAAACUAGUUAAAAAACGUGGCUUACAAAUUGGAUUAUUCUUUAAGAUACUCGUAGUGUUAGCUACGGUAAUAGUACUCGGAGCGGUUGCUUCAAUAUGGAAUGUGAUGGAACUUUGGUCCCUGUAUAGCAUCGCACAAGGAGUCCAAGGUCUCGUUAUUGCGUUGCUAGUGUCAUGUAACUGUAAGGUAUUAAAACUCUACUCAGCUCCAAGAGUUCGUAAAUCUCGUCGAGGUACAUAUCGCAACCUUAAAGAAGGCGAUGGUGGUCGAUUUGGGAUACUUUCAAUAACUAAUCCUAACUACCACGAUAAUGGCCAGUCUGUUAACCCAACCAACGAUAGUUCACCUAGCCUUAUCAAAAUGUCGUACAAAGAGAGCAAUUUUAUUGACCGUAUGGACAAGGCGACCCCAACAGUUCUGGAUUGUGCAUUUACAGGAGAGCUAUCAACUUCGCUCUCAAUCGAUGAAUUAUCAAAAAGUCCUUUACCGGUGUCUGUAUAG